GGUUCUUUGCAGACUGACCGGAUUUUAGCGGCGCACCCGGGAGGAAACUGCAGAUCCCACUCCGACCUCAACACUUGAGAGACUUUUUCUACUCUUCACCUUAAGACCGAGAACCGGACCUGCUCGCCGCACACACUCUCAGGAAUAUCUCGCUUCUGUUCAUCAUCAGAGAAGAUACAGAUCCGAGGCUGUGGAGAAAGCGCUGAUUCGCCUUCAGCUGAUUUCUGAUUUUUUUCUUUUCUGAUUCUUGGGGAGGGGGGACUUAAAUUUGACACAGACAUGUCUGGUGAUCAGAAUCGGCGGUUCUGCGUGCUGUCUUGGGAUCAGGUGCAGCGCUUGGACUCGAUCCUUGGGGAGGCUGUGCCCAUCCACGGCCGGGGGAACUUCCCCACUCUGUCCGUUCAACCCCGGCAGAUUGUUCAGGUGGUGCGAGCGAGGCUGGAAGAGCGAGGCGUGUGUGUUAAGGACGUGAGGUUGAACGGCUCGGCGGCCAGCCACGUGCUCCAUCAGGACUCCGGACUGGGCUACAAGGACCUCGACCUGAUCUUCGGUGUGUCCCUAAAAGACGACCAGGCCUUCCGCCUGGUGAAAGAUGUUGUGCUGGACUGCCUGUUGGACUUCCUGCCAGCCGGGGUCUCUAAGGAGCGCAUCACAGCCCUGACCCUCAAAGAGGCCUACGUACAGAAACUGGUGAAAGUCUGUAAUGACACAGACCGCUGGAGCCUGAUCUCGCUGUCCAACAACACGGGGAAGAAUGUGGAGCUUAAGUUCGUGGACUCUUUACGACGGCAGUUUGAAUUCAGCGUGGACUCCUUCCAGAUUUGCCUCGACUCCCUGCUCUUGUUCGACCGCUGCUCUGAGACGGCCAUGUCCGAGAGCUUUCACCCCACUGUGAUCGGGGAGAGCGUGUACGGGGACUUCAAGGAGGCCAUGGACCACCUGUGUCAGAGGACGAUAGCUACACGCAGCCCCGAAGAAAUCCGCGGAGGAGGCCUGUUGAAGUACUGCCACCUGCGGGUGCGGGGGUUUAGACCCUCCUCAGAAUCGGACAUGAAGCAGAUGCAGCGCUACAUGUGCUCGCGCUUCUUCAUUGACUUCCCUGACAUAGGUGAGCAGCAGAGGAAGCUGGAGGCUUACCUGCAGAACCACUUCGCCGGGAUGGAGCACAAACGGUACGAGUGCCUGAUGACUCUGCACCAAGUGGUCAACGAGAGCACCGUGUGCCUGAUGGGCCACGAGAGGCGCCAGACGCUCAGCCUCAUCUCCAUGCUGGCGCUGAAGGUGCUAGCUGAGCAGAACGCCAUCCCCACCGUCACGAACGUCACGUGUUACUACCAGCCAGCGCCGUACGUGCAGGACAUCAACUUCAGUAAUUACUACAUUGCACACGUGCAGCCGCCGCAGGUCGCAGCGUGCAGUAAUUCAUAUCAGACUUGGCUGCCUUGCAGCUGAACUGGUGCGGCAGCUCAGAGCUCGGUGCGUCUCCGCCGCGGAGUGGAAAACGCACCAGAAAGAAACCGACGUUUGCCAAAUGUGACUUAACUGAAACAAUCCUGUACUGCUGUACAUCUGAUUGAGCCGACACAUAACGUUUCUCACUCGUUUUCUCUUGCAAAACAUCUGUAAGAUUGCUGGUCAUUUCUGAGAUGUAGCGAUGGUAUCUUAUUUAAGUUAAAAAAACGGAAAAAAAAGAAAAGAAAAAAGAAAGUCUUUAAAAAAAACUUUAUAUACAUAUGUCAGAAAUACAUUUUUGAGGAAACAAACAUUGAAGCUGGUGUUAUUUUCAUACCCUGGCUCUACUUUUUUUAAAAUUACAUGCCGGACCAAAGAUGUAUUUGUUGCUCAGAAAAGGGAAUGUUGUUGUAAUUCCAAGUGCCUAAAAUGAACCAUGAAAUGUUCUAAAAACAUCUGUAAAGUGAGAACUGUGCAUUCAGUGUUUUCUAGAUUACUCUGUCUCUCUUUUCAGGAACAGACGCAUUUGUUUUUUGUGAGAUUAAAAAAGGAAAAACCCCA